AUGCAAGCACUUGGCAGGACAGUGAUUGCGGGCAAGACAGCGGAAACUGGCAUGUCAGCAGACAUUCCUGAAGUGACAUCGGUAGCUGAUGCCUCAACACCAGUACCAGGUACUAGUUCAACAGGAACUGCCACAACAACAGAUGCUCACGACAUCUCAACGGAAGGAACAGUCUUCACAGUAAGGACAACAGUCAACACUGAAGUAACCUCAGAAGAAGCUGCAUCAACACCAGUACCAGGUACUAGUUCAACAGGAACAGCCACAACAACAGAAACUCACAACAUCUCAACAGAAGAUACAGUCUCCACAGUAAAGACAACAGUCGACACCGAGGUAACCACAGAAGGGGCUGCAUCAACACCAGUACCAGGUACCAGUUCAUCAGGAACUGCCACAACAACAGACGCUCACGACAUCUCAACAGAAGGAACAGUCUUCACAGUAAGGACAACAGUCAACCCUGAAGUAACCACAGAAGGGGCUGCAUCAACACCAGUACCAGGUACUAGUUCAACAGGAACUGCCACAACAACAGAAACUCACAACAUCUCAACAGAAGAUACAGUCUCCACAGUAAGGACAACAGUCGACACCGAGCAACACCAAAUACUAGUUCAACAGGAACUGCCACAACAACAGACGCUCAUGACAUCUCAACAGAAGAAACAGUCUCCACAGUAA